UCGUCGAGAUUGAGAUAUUCGUUGACGUUUGUUUCCGUGUUCGUUUCAAUCUCCGUCUACAUACUCGAUAAUAUACUCAUAUAACCGCUGACAGCUUGCAUAUAUGUCAUUAAACGAUCAAAACAUGAGCUUAUGUUUUGGAAAUACUUUCUCAUUAGUACCAAUAUCUAAAAAACAAUGUUGCGUAUGUUUGGUUUGACUGGCGAAACUAUUAGCUAACUGCUAGGUUCGGGCUUCGGAGACUCAUCUUGACCGUUGAACUUGCACUCUUUGUAAAAAGUUUCAGUUUGUAUAAAUAGCGGGCAGAGGGGUAACGGAGAAGUUAAAGUGCACAAGCUGGGACAAACUUUUAGGCAUCUUUGUGAAGACGCAGAUAUAAACACUGACUGCGUAGUUCUCAAAGUAUUUGUGUGUAGGCAGAUAAGCUAGCUGUGAAUCAAGAUGAGGCUGAGCGGCGUGCUGGCGUGUGUGUUGCUGAUAUGGGUUGAGGGAUCCUGGGCUGACACACCGGCCAACUGCACUUAUGAGGACCUGCAGGGGACCUGGGUGUUUCAGGUGUCCAAAGGUGGACACGACAAGACCGUCAACUGCUCCGCCGAAGCCACAGGCGAGAGCACGGUGACCGUGACCCUGGAGAAACUGUCUGUAGCCACAGACGAGCUGGGGAACAUCGGCUUCUUCACCCUCAUCUACAACCAGGGCUUUGAAGUGGUCAUCAAUGGGUACAAAUGGUUCGCCUUCUUCAAGUACACUGAGGAUGGCCAGAAGGUAACCAGCUAUUGUGACCAGACCAUGCGAGGGUGGGUCCAUGAUGUCCUGGGACACAACUGGGCCUGUUUUGUUGGGAAGAGAGUGAAGCCAGUGCCCCCCCGAACUGACUACAAACCAGUCCUCAGCAGCGGGCUGCUCCAGAGGCCAUACAAACACAACCUGGACAUGAUUGAAUCCAUCAACUCAGUCCAGAGCUCCUGGAAGGCUGUGCCCUACCCAGAGCAUGAGAUGUACACUCUGCAAGAGCUGCACUACAGAGCAGGAGGGCCUGCCUCUCGUAUUCCCAUGCGCGUUCGCCCGAUGCCUGUGAAAGCCGAUGUAGCCAAGAUGGCAGCAGCUCUACCGGAGCGCUGGGAUUGGAGAAACAUUGAUGGUGUUAACUUCGUCAGCCCAGUGCGAAACCAAGCAUCAUGUGGUAGCUGCUACUCCUUUGCCUCCAUGGGAAUGCUAGAGGCUCGCAUCCGAAUCCAAACCAACAACAGUGAGACUCCUAUUCUCAGCCCGCAACAGGUGGUCUCCUGUUCUGAAUAUUCACAAGGUUGCGAUGGUGGGUUCCCGUACCUGAUUGGGAAGUACAUCCAGGAUUUCGGUGUUGUGGAUGAGUCAUGCUUUCCGUAUAUUGCAAAGAACUCUCCAUGUGGCGUUCCUCGAAACUGCGGCCGCAUUUACACUGCAGAAUACAACUACGUAGGUGGAUUUUAUGGUGGCUGCAGUGAGACUGCCAUGAUGUUGGAGCUGGUCAAGAAUGGACCCAUGGCAGUGGCCUUUGAGGUGUAUCCUGACUUCAUGCACUAUAAGGAGGGUAUCUACCACCACACAGGCCUGGGUGACCCCUUCAAUCCCUUUGAGCUGACCAACCAUGCUGUGCUGCUGGUGGGGUAUGGCCGCUGCCACAUGACCGGACAGAAGUACUGGAUCGUCAAGAACAGCUGGGGUACCAGCUGGGGCGAGGAUGGCUACUUCCGAAUCCGCCGGGGAAGUGACGAGUGUGCUAUUGAGAGCAUCGCAGUCGCAGCCAAACCCAUCCCCAAACUGUAGAAGCUGUAAACUCAGAAUGGGAGGGAGGGGGAGAUGUGCUGGAUGAGUCUGCAUGAGUGCAAUGCAGAUUAGCUGUUUUCAAUGUGUGCUUGAGAGCUUUGAAAUGAAAUUUAAAGCUGAAAUCUAUAAGUUUUUUUGAUCCCAUAUGUCACAGAAGUAGCACAUGGGUGUCUACUUCUUCCGUAGACUCACAGGUCAGUUUCUAAACGCUUUGCUCGUAGAGAUUGAAGACAAUCUCCCAGGUUUAAUUGUUGGAAUUGGGUGGAAAAAAUUAGAGUGUUUAAAAAAAACAAAAAACAAACCUGUGUUGCAGAACUAAUCCAAAGUCUUUAGGGCGGCUCUUCAUAUAGGGGCAGUGACAUGCAGUGCAUUACGGAGGAAGGGGGGACAGCAUCAUUUCUGGUAAGAUGUGUCCUUGAAAAAAAUGUAAGGGCUGUAGGUUUGUUAGCGGCUGUUCUCACCACUGUUCAAGUAACUAGCAUGCAUUUAGAAAUCCCCAGACUUAAGUAGGUGGAGAUCUCCAAUCGUCUUGUAUCGUGAGACUUCUUCCUCCCCAAUCCAACAAGUGAAGUUAGUAGUGACAUCUCCUUCCAAAAGUUAUGGAUUUCAGAUUUCCAUAUGACUAUGAAAUGUACUUAAAAGGGAAAUGCACCAAAACCAUAAGUGAGCAAGUUAUUCUUUUAGUCAAAAGCUGUGCACAUUUCUUUAAGGCCAAAACUAGGAAAUUCAAAUCUAAUGAAGUGAGCUUUCAAAUGCUAAAAUAUUUACAGUAGUGCAGCCAAAUGAUUUCAAUGGAUGGCCUUAACUGAUAAAUUGAUUGAGACCUGACGUGUAGGAGUUGCUUUUUGUCAGCUCAAGCCUCACCCACACUGCAGCUCUGCUUGCUUGGUAAAGGGAAUCAGGAAUAAUGUUAACAAGGGGCAGGACACAGCUAAACAUGCUACAGUAGCAGUGAAAUUUUUUUAUAAACAUCCAGUUGUACAUGUAGGUAAAUAUAGUCCUACAUUUUUUAAGUUCAAAAAGGGACAUGAAACCUCCAAUUUUACAGUCAGUUUCUAAAAGUAUUGACAUUUUACAGCUCCUAAAACUUGAUUUUAGAGGGAAGCAGUCAUUGUGCACUUUUAAUGCCAUGUUUUUUUCUUGUAUCACUUUUGUGUAGCUGAAUUUCACAAUGUCAGCUCACCCUGUUGCUUUAAUUUUCUUUCAUCGGUCCUGAUUUUUACAUGCACUGAUUAGUUGACUAUGAACAAUUAAAUUCAAGCUGUAACUGCCAACAUAAACUUUGAAUCAAACGGUUUGGUAUGUACUGUGCUGUGACAAAUUGUAACAGGUAGUAAAAUCUCAUUUAAAGGGAAUUGGAGACUGAGGAGUUUUUGUGUUUGCUUGUCAGAUGCAGGGUCUUGAUUCUAUGUCUCAGGGAAGUACAGUGAAGAAUUGUAAUAUCUUCUGUCCUUGCAACAAGUUUAAACCAUGACUGCCAUGCUUCUCUUUGGGGAAAUUUGUAUGUCUCCAUGGAGCAUUUUAAUCAAGUAAGAAAGGGAUGUUACUGAUUGUGUUGUGAGAUUUGCAUUUUUUUUUUUUUGAGUGUUGUGUUUUUGUUUUGUUUUUUAAAUGAGGGAAAUAAAAGCAUU